CACAGAGAGAGAAACAGACGGAGAAAGAGGAAGAGAGGAGGCUGUGUGUUCGUUUCACCUCCUAAUCAGUUUUCCUGGGGGAUCUAUCAUCGGCUGCACGAUAGCAGAUUACAGACAUGGAUGCUCCCCUUUCGACCCCCUGUAAUAUCCAGAUUUGUGAGGUGACCUGCGACUCCUUCCGGAUCAUGUGGGAUAUGACCCCCGAGGACACGGCCAGAGCCACACACUUCUUCAUCGACUUAAGCCGCAAGGCCAACAGGGACCCCAACCGCUUCAAACACAGGGACGUGCCGACCAAGCUGGUGGCCAAAGCCGUGCCUCUCCCCAUGGCAGUGAGGGGACACUGGUUCCUCAGCCCGCGGACAGAAUACUGUGUUGCUGUUCAAACUGCUGUCCGACAGCCAGAUGGUGAUUACUUGGUCUCAGAGUGGAGCCAGGUGGUGGAGUUUUGCACUGGGGACUACGCAAUGGAGCACCUACAGCAGCUUCUCGACAAGGCCAAGGGCUCAGCGGGGAGGCUGCUGAAAUUCUCUGUCUUUUAUCGCAACCAGCACCCAGACUACUUUGAUUAUGUCAGAAAGGAGUGUGGAGGUCUGAUGCGUCCAGCCCUCAAAGACACCAGUGGGAGUCACGGCUCACCCAUCAGCGGCAAACUGCAUGGAGUCUUCUUCAGCUGCAACACAGAGUUUGAUACAGGGCUCCCUACCAAAGACUCCCCGUACGGACCCCUGCGGUUUCAGAUCCCGGCUGGACACCUGCUGAACCCCAACAUCUGCCUGUAUUUUGCAGACUUCUACUGCAUGUACACGGCCUACCACUAUGUGGUGCUGGUGCUUGCCCCUGUUGGCUCAGAGGGAGAUGCCUUCUGCCGCACCCGCCUCCCUAUGCUGGACUUGGCUUCCAACCCCUUUUUGACUUACACUGCCUCUCAGAGACCCGGGGAGGAGCCCUUGUACUGCCACGCCAGCGACGUCAUCCUUGAGGUGCUAUUCACCGAGCCGGUUCACUUGGAUCAGGGCGGCGUGGAGCAGAUCAGUGGGCACCAGCUUAUGAGUCUGACCACCGCCAAUGCCAAGAAAGACCCGAGCUGCAAAGUGUGCAACAUCAGCGUGGGACGCUGA